CUUCCCCCUCCCAUAAGGAGCGGACCCGGGAGAAACCUGCUCGUCCCUGCUGCCGCCGCCGCCGCCGCUCAAGCGGCCCGGCGAGGACAUCUUGGGGGCCCAUUGGCGCUCACAGCUCCCCCCACCUCCUUGGUGGUUGUAUCCAAAAUAGCCCAGCCCCAGAAUGUGGUUCAAACAUCCUGAUGGCAGUCUGUAACCCUGCCUUAAAGGAACUGACAGCCUCUGAGAUGCACAACAGGGACAGGGCAAUGCUGUGAACAGACGCCUGGGUCUUGGGAAGCUGCUUUGCAUUUUCUCUUGUUCUGGAUGGAGACCUGCUGACAACGUGGGAGCACCUUUCCUGAGCUCUGCCUGCCCAGUCUCCCCCAUCUCCCCCCCCCAACUCCUCUCUGCCUGGAAUGCUGGACGUGCCUUGCGCUGCCUUUCGCAGGACGGCUCCCAGUUGCUUUGGGGCCACAGAUCAACCAAGGCUCAAGAGCAAUUGAGGUGCCGAGCAUCAGGCUGGGAGAGCAUGUCAGGCCCGGUGCCAAGCCGAGCGAGGGUCUACGCAGACGUGAACACGCAGAGGCCCCGCGAAUAUUGGGACUACGAGUCACAUGUCGUGGAAUGGGGCAAUCAAGACGACUACCAGCUUGUGCGGAAGCUUGGCCGUGGCAAAUACAGCGAAGUCUUCGAAGCCAUCAACAUCACCAACAAUGAGAAAGUCGUGGUGAAAAUCCUCAAGCCAGUAAAAAAGAAGAAAAUCAAGCGUGAGAUUAAGAUUCUGGAAAAUCUCCGAGGGGGCCCCAAUAUCAUCAGCCUUCUAGACAUUGUCAAGGAUCCCGUGUCCCGGACACCCGCCCUGGUCUUUGAGCAUGUCAACAAUACAGAUUUCAAGCAAUUGUAUCAGACGCUCUCAGACUUUGACAUUCGAUUCUACAUGUAUGAAAUUCUGAAGGCGCUGGAUUAUUGCCACAGCAUGGGGGUCAUGCACCGGGACGUCAAGCCACACAACGUGAUGAUCGACCACGAGCACCGGAAGCUGCGCUUGAUCGACUGGGGUCUGGCGGAGUUCUACCACCCAGGGCAAGAGUACAACGUGAGGGUGGCCUCCCGCUACUUCAAGGGGCCGGAGCUCCUGGUGGACUACCAGAUGUACGACUACAGCCUGGACAUGUGGAGCUUGGGCUGCAUGUUGGCCAGUAUGAUAUUCCGCAAGGAGCCCUUCUUCCACGGCCAUGACAACUAUGAUCAGCUGGUGCGGAUCGCAAAGGUCCUGGGCACAGAGGACCUCUAUGAUUACAUUGACAAGUACAACAUUGAACUGGACCCCCGCUUCAAUGACAUCCUCGGCAGGCAUUCCCGCAAGCGAUGGGAGCGCUUUGUGCACAGCGAGAACCAGCACCUGGUGAGCACGGAGGCCCUGGACUUCCUGGACAAGCUGCUGCGUUAUGACCACCAGGCCCGGCUCACGGCCCGCGAGGCCAUGGAGCACCCUUACUUCUAUCCAAUAGUGAAAGAUCCAGCCAGGAUGGGCUCCUCCACGGUGCUCUCGUCAGCUAACACGCCUGUCAGCUCCUCCAGUAUGUUGGCAGGGAUUGCCUCCAUGUCCGCCUCUCAGCCCAUCGGCAGCCUGGCCGCCUCGCCCGUCAUCUCCUCUCCAAACGCUCUGGGUUCGCCAGUCCCUGCCACGGCCGGAGCACAGCCUUGACUGCAACAUUGCCACCUCUGGCUCCGAGACCUGCCUUGCUCCGCCCUGCCUGCCUCUGCAAGGCUCCGUGCCCACCCACCCCCCGCAGCUGGCAGGAGGGCGGCUGGGAUGGGGGAUGGGGGCUGUCUCUGGAAUCUGAUAUGAUGAUUAUUAUUUUUGUUUCUGUUGAGUAUGUCAAAGAGCCAAGCCUAGGCUGCUGCUGCCGCCACUGCUGCUCCUCCUCCUCCUCUCUCUGCGGCACCGAGCACGGACUCUGCCUACGGACAGAGGCUUCUCUGUUGUCUGUGUCGAGUAACGUGAGCUGCAUUCUUCCCAUGAGGGUCGUGGUUAGUGAUGCAACUACAGUGUAGACACCUAAACGGAGAAUAAAAUUUAUUUUCUAUGUCCCUAA